AUGGAUUUACCAAGGUAUAGCGAAGAGUAUAGUGACGGUGUUCAACGUUUUUUGGACUUCGCUUAUUCUGAUGGAGAUCCUCAAGGUGAAGAAAUUCAAUGUCCAUGUGCAAAGUGUUGUAACAUCCCUUGGUGUCGAAGAGGUGUAGUAUAUAAUCAUCUAAUAUGCUACGGUUUUGUUAAAGGUUACUCAAGAUGGAUUAACCAUGGGGAAUGGGACUUUCCAAUGAAAGGUGAUGAUGAAGUUAACUUAUAUGAUGACAUCGAUGGGUUGUUGAAUGAUCAAUUUAGAGAUGUUACACAAGCUGAAGGAGUUUAUGAAGGCCAAAAUGAAGAUGCCAAAAAAUUCUAUAAGUUAGUUGAUGAGGCAAGCCAAGAAUUAUAUCCUGGUUGUAAAGGAUUCUCUAAAUUAUCAUUCACAAUUCGACUAUAUUUGUUGAAGUGUCUACAUGGAUGGAGUAAUGCAUCCUUUACUUCCCUCUUGGAGUUGUUGAAAGAGGCGAUGCCUGAGUUGAACAUUCCUUUAUCCUAUAAUAAAGCCAAGUCUAUGGUAAAGGAUCUAGGUCAUGAUUAUAAAAAAAUUGAUGCAUGUCCCAAUGACUGCAUGCUGUUUAGGAAUGAACAUAAAGAUAGCGAGCUUCAGUCUUCCAAAAGAUCUCAUCGUGUUGCUGCUAAAACUUUGAGACACUUUCCAUUAAUUCCUAGACUCAAAAGGCUAUUUAUGUGCUCAAAGACAGCGGAUAAAUUGAGGUGGCAUGACGAGGAGCGGUCCAAAGAUGGAAAGUUAAGGCACCCUGCUGAUGGCCAAGCAUGGAAAGACUUUGAUAGCCUUCAUCCAGAUUUUGCAAAAGAUUCUCGCAAUCUGAGACUUGGCUUGGCAAGUGACGGAUUCAAUCCAUUUCGGACCAUGUGCAUAUCUCAUAGUACAUGGCCAAUUGUCUUAAUGGUGUAUAAUGUUCCUUCUUGGAUGUCCAUGAAACAAGAAUAUUGCAUGCUUUCUUUGCUUAUAUCUGGUUCGCGAUCUCCUGAAAAUGACAUUGACAUUUAUUUGCAGCCAUUAAUAGAAGAGUUGAAGGUAUUGUGGGAGUUAGGGGUAGACACAUAUGAUGCUUCGAGAAAUCAAACCUUUCAAAUGCGAGCAGCUCUUAUGUGGACAAUUAAUGACUUCCCUGCAUAUGCUAUGUUAUCCGGAUGGAGUACAAAAGGAAAAUUGGCUUGUCCUUGUUGUAAUUAUGGCACUAAUUCUUGCUAUCUGAAACAUAGCCGGAAAAUGUGUUACAUGGACCAUCGUGUUUUUCUAUCCAUGGAUCAUCCAUCGAGAUCUAACAAAAGGUCUUUCAAUGGAAAAACAGAAUUUAGGCCUCCUCCACAAUUGUUAAAGGGAACCGAUGUGUUUAAUAUGUUACAUAAUGUUGAAAAUGUGUUUGGGAAGAAGCAAAAGAAAUCAAAUCACAACUCGCUUCGCCACAACCUUGAUGUAAUGCAUAUUGAGAAGAACAUAUUUGAUAACAUAAUAGGAACACUUUUGGAUAUAUCUGGCAAGACGAAGGAUCAUGAAAAUGCUCGUUAUGACCUCAAAGAGAUGGGCAUUAGGAAAAACCUUCAACCAAAAGAUACAAAGGAUGGCAAGAAAAUAAAGCUUGCACAAGCAUGCUACUUUAUGACUAAGGGAGAAAGAUCUACUUUUUGUGGUGUUUUAAAGAAUGCAAAGCUACCUGAUGGUAGUGCUUCCAACAUUUCUCGAUGUGUGCAACCAGCCGAAAGAAAAAUAUCUAAUUAUAAGACCCAUGAUGCCCAUUUCAUGCUACAUUACUUGUUGCCAAUACCAAUUAAAAGCAUACUUCCUGAUCAUGUUGCUAUUCCUUUGAUUCGUCUAAGCUCCUUUUUUCGUCGUUUAUGUCAAAAGGUUAUCACAGCAGAGGAUCUAGGUUGUUUGGAAGCAGAGAUUAGAGAAACAAUGAGCCAAUUGGAGUGA